AUGCCACCAAUUCGCGCCCAAUCGUCUCGAAAUUCUGCCGGAAAAGAGGGUAGGAUCUUAUUAGCCGUUAAAGAUAUCAAAGAUGGCCGUAUCAACUCUCUCCGCGCAGCAGCAAAGCUAUACGAUAUCCCCCAUACAACGCUGGCUACGCGCGUCAAUGGUGUACAAUCACGCGUCGAUAUACGUCCAAAUGGCCAUAAACUGACACAAUUAGAAGAGGAUUCACUUGUUGAAUGGAUAAUCUCUAUGGAUACGCGUGGAGCAGCGCCUAGGCCAGCUACUGUACGAGAGAUGGCUAAUAUACUACUAGCUGCGCGUGGUAGCUACCCUCCACCAACAGUUGGUAAAAAUUGGCCAUCAAGCUUCAUAAAUCGACGCGAAGAGAUUCGAUCACGCUUCUCUAGGCGUUACGACUAUCAACGCGCAUUAAACGAAGAUCCUAAAUCGCUACGAGAGUGGUUUGCGACCGUACAACGUGCUAUUGACGAUAACGGUAUCCAAAUGGAGGAUAUCUACAACUUCGAUGAGACAGGGUUUGCAAUGGGUCUUAUUUCAACACAGAAAGUGGUUACGCGGGCUGGAUACUACGGUCGGAGAGCUAUAUUACAACCAGGAAACCGCGAAUGGGUUACUGCUAUUGAAACUAUUUGUGCAGAUGGCUAUUCGCUACCGCCAUGUAUAGUUUUUAAAGGCCAAGUUGCUAUGGCUGGUUGGUUUGAUAAUCUACCAAAAGACUGGCGAUUUGAGGUCUCAAAUAAUGGCUGGACUACCGAUGAAAUUGGCCUACGUUGGCUACAGAAACUAUUCAUCCCAUGUACAAAUUCGCGCGUACAUGGCCGGUUUCGGCUAUUGAUUCUUGAUGGCCAUGGUAGCCAUCUUACGGCUAAAUUUGACCAAAUCUGCGCAGAAAACAAUAUUAUACCACUUUGUAUGCCUGCGCAUUCUUCGCAUUUAUUACAACCGCUUGAUGUUGGAUGUUUCGCAGUGCUUAAACGCGCAUACGGUCGCUUUAUAAGUGAUCUUGCGCGUGUAGGCUAUAACCACAUUGAUAAGUUUGAUUUUCUGGAUGACUACCAACGCGCAAGACUGGAAGUGUUCAAAAAGCCAAUUAUUAUUCAAAAUAGCUUUAUAGCUGCUGGCCUAGUGCCUAUUGAUCCAGAAAGAGUGCUUUCGAAGCUUAAUAUCUCUCUACGAACACCAACACCCCCAGGAAGCCGACCAAGCAGCAGAUCUAGCCAAUUUACACCAAAAACGCCGAGAACUGUCAUUCAACUACAAAAACAAGCUUCUAUGAUGAAAGAUCUAUUAAAACAACGGUCAAAUAGCCCACCAAGCCCAUCGAAGACUAUGUUAGAUCAAAUUAUCAAAGGUCACUAUAUAUCGCUACACAACACAGCGUUACUCGCACAGGAAAACGCAAAUUUACGUACAGCCAAUGAGAAAAAACGCCAAAAACGCAAUCGAUCAAAUAGGCAGAUACCCUGUGAUACUGGCCUAACGGUCGAAGAGGGCCUACAACUAGCUACGCAGCUAAAUUUACUAGAUGAAGCUACUCCGGUGGAUUCGAAUACACAGGGCAAAACGCCUAUUCAGCCAGGUCAGCCAGCCAAAAGGGCUCCGCCUCGGUGUAGUGGAUGUGGGAAUAUUGGCCAUAAGAUCAAUCGAUGUAUAAAUCGCGUUAUUUAG